AUGGCCACCGGCGGAACAGACCUAUCGGUCCUCCUAGCGACCAUGCAGCCCUCGCUGGACCCCACAACCUACGUCUUCAUCAACACAAUCGAGCCACUCACGUCUCUUCCACUGGCAACUCUCCAGCCCCAACUCAUCGCCCAAGAGGCCGAGGGUACAACCAUCGUGACCACCGAAGGACUGGCCACAUCGCACGGCUACAAGGAAAUCGUCUUCCCGUGCAAGAAGAUCUCCCUCGCCGUGCACUCCAGUCUCGAGGCGAUCGGCCUGAUAGCGGCCAUCACGAACCGCCUCAAGGAUCACCAGAUCAGCACGAACGUGGUGAGUGGGUUCUUCCAUGACCAUAUCUACGUUCCAGCGGGACGGGCGGAGGACGCAAUGCGAGUUCUGGUGGAUUUAGCGACAGAGGCAAAACAGCAAUAG